AUGUCCUCGUCGGCUACCACACCCAACGAGCGACCUUUGAGCUCAAGACAUACCCUAGCCUCUGCAAUCCCCGGCCCAGAGGCUAUUCGCGACGACACAUCCGUUGCGCAGACUCGUACGUCUCGCGAGAUCGAGUCAGAGGGCGUCGAGCUGCGAAAACUGCACCACGCUCCUCCACAGACAGAAGAUGUAGGGACAGAGGAUGAGUUCUCUGACAGAGACAGCGACUCGGACGAGGAAGAUGAUGGAUAUUCCAAACGUCGCUUGCGGAGGACCGUAACACACUCCAAAGAUUACACAGUCGAGGAAGAGACGGCUCUGGUGCGCAAGCUGGACCGCAAAUUGGUCUUCUUCCUGGGCUUUCUCUACAUGCUGAGCUUCCUGGACCGCUCUAAUAUCGGCAACGCUCGAAUCGCGGGGUUGGAAAAGGACCUUUCUCUCUCGUCGGCGCAGUACGACUGGCUCCUCACGGCAUUCUAUAUCACGUAUAUUGGAUUUGAGUGGAUGAUCUUGCUUUACCGGAUACUUCCCGCUCACAUCUACAUACCACUGUGUGUGCUGUCAUGGGGCCUCGUUGCGAGUCUACAAAGUCUGACCACAUCGUUUGGCCAAUUGCUCGUCCUCCGUGGUAUCCUGGGCAUCACAGAAGCCGCCUUUGGACCGGGUGUCCCCUUCUACAUGACGUACUUUUACAAGCGCUCCGAACUGGCCUACCGAGUCGGACUGCAAAUCUCCGCUGCGCCGCUGGCGACAAGCUUCGCCGGGUCCCUAGCAUGGGUGAUUGUCAAGCUGAGCCAGAAUGGACCUAUUGCCCCCUGGAGGGCGUUGUUCUUAGUUGAAGGGUUUCCGUCCAUCAUCACGGCCGUGGCAGCGUGGUAUUGGAUUCCAGACUCGCCAUCGAAGGCCCGGUAUUUGACGGCGCGGGAGAGGAAAGUGGCGGUCAUGAGACUACGAGCCGAAGACAGUCAUGGAUCUCACUCUCACGAGCCAUCCCACGCCUCGGGGACCAUGUCAUUGGCCCAACGGAUCAACGCCAAAGAAAUCGUCACCACAAUCCUCGAUCCAAAAUCGUACCUGACAGCCCUCAUGUUCCUCAGCGUGAACGUCUCAUUCAGCUCCCUCCCGGUCUUCCUACCUACCAUUAUCAACAGCAUGUCGUUUUCCCCUCUGACCUCCCAGGCCCUAGCCGCUCCGCCGUACCUGUUCGCCUUCUUCUUUGUCCUUUUGGUGGGGAAAUACAGCGAUAAAAUCCACGACUCGAGGUCCCUGUUUCUCAUGGGUGUCUCUCUGCUCAGCGCCAUCUCGUACGCCGGGAUCGCCAUCGCGGGAUACUUGCACGAGUCCCUGGGGGAGGCUGGGAGUAUCACAAUCCGCUACGUGAGCGUGUACGGGGCGGCGAUGGGACUCUUCUCCUCCGUCACCCUCAUCAUCACGUGGACGCUGAACAACCAAGCCACAGCCACGGGGAAGGGCACCGGCCUGACCAUUCUGAACGUCAUCGGUCAGUGCGGCCCGCUGAUCGGGGUGCAUUUGUUCCCCAAGAGCCAGGGCCCUCUGUACGUUCAAGGCAUGGCUGUAUGUGCCGCGUUCAUGGCCGUCGGCGUCGCCGGUUUAGCCGGGGUAUUGAGACUGGUGCUGCAGCGCGAGAACAGGAGGAAUGGGUUUGCGAACAAGGAGCCCGGGCUGGGCGGGGAGUAUGAGAUGGUGAGUAGUAAAGAGGACGAGGACACGGGGGCCGGACCCGGAGGAGACGAAGACGCCCAAGAGACGUUGAUUGGUGGAGCGAGAAAGAUUGGAGGCGGCGAGGGUGGUUCGGGUUUCAGGUACAUGCUCUAA